AUGAGCCAUGAUGGAGAGCAACCGCCGUUAAAGAGGCAGCGUUUCUUUUCCGACAUUCCACCCUCGCCUUUACCGAUCCAAACCCGAGACACCAACGCGUCGUUCCUCAGUCACGCCGAAGGAAGCCUCGACCGAUUACCUGCAGAAGAUAAAGCAGAGAGUGAAUUCGAUGUUAAGCUAUUUACUAGCAUCAUUGGAGAAACACUGCCAUCCGAGUCCAUCGCAACUAUCCGAAAAGCCGCCUCAUACAAUAUUGAACGAGCUGUGAACAUAUACUUCGAUGGAUCAUGGAAGAAGCCCCGGGGGAUCAACUCCAUCUCCGCCAGCCGAGGUCAACAAAAUGGACUUCAAAUGAAAGCUGAACCUGGAACUGGGAGGUCGCGGGAAUCCAUCACUCAGCAGUCAAAGAGUGGUUUAAUGACAAUUGAAUCCCUCGUUCCAAAGCAACCUCUUUCCCGAUAUGUUGGGGCAUUUGGGGUCGGUGGAUGGGCAACGAGGAGUGGGCCAGCGUGUCUUAAGCAUGGGGAAAUCGUGAACAUCGAGCGAGCUCGAUCUCAGCCGACAUUAAAACGCGGUCGUGGGGGCAAAUCAUUCAUGAACCAUAAGAGCGAUGUUCUCACCCGCUUCACCAACACGUCUGGUCAAGAAAUCGGACGACUUCCCCACGAGAUAGCUGAGUGGGUGUCUACCCUGAUUGACCAGAAGAUCUGUCGUUUCGAAGGCGUCUGCGUGUUCGUACCCGACAGGGUCCGCGUCAAUGAUACAAUUUACUUGCAAUUGCGAGUCUUCAUGCGCCGAGAGGCAUUUCAACGCGGGGCUUUUGCUGCGCUGCACAAGGAUGACAAUAGGUCGACUGGCUUGUUCGAGGAGAAGGAGAGCACCGAAGAAAAGAAUUUGCGACUGCGCCAAGUGGCUCUUGUGAAAUUGUUCCAUGAGAUCAAUCUUCAUCCCACCUCGACCAACCCGACUACAGAAAAACAUAAAAGAGAUGGUCUUCUGCGUGCAGCCGAAAUUGCGGACCAGUAUGAUAGCGCCAAGAAAGAUAAGUCAAAGUCGACUAAAGAUCCCAACGACUCCUCCGAGGAAGAUCAAACCGAAGAACUGGAGGAAGACCAACUGGAUGCUCUCUACCGCAAGGCCCAGUCAUUCGAUUUUAACAUGCCCGGGGCCGAUCCCGCGCCCAGCUUCUCGCUUGAUUUAAGGAAAUAUCAACGUCAGGCUCUCCAUUGGAUGCUCUCCAAAGAGCAAGACUCAAAUCAAGCCCGAGAGAAGUCGAUGCAUCCCUUAUGGGAGGAGUACACGUGGCCCACGAAGGAUGUGGAUGACAAUGAUCUACCUCAGGUUCCAGAGAUUGAUCACUUCUACGUCAAUCCAUAUUCGGGCGAUCUAAGCGUCGACUUUCCUGCACAGGAACAACGCUGCCAGGGUGGAAUCCUGGCCGACGAGAUGGGACUUGGUAAAACGAUCGAGAUGCUCAGUUUGGUUCAUUCUCACAGAAUUGAGCCAGAUCCGCAAGUCGCGAAUGGUAUUGCCUCAGUGAAUGAUCUAGCAAGGAUGCCAGCCUCCACUGGAGUGGUUCCUGCGCCAUAUACCACAUUAGUGGUUGCCCCAACUUCGUUGAUCUCUCAAUGGGAAAGCGAGGCAUUGAAAGCCGGAACAUUGAGAGUUCUCGUAUAUUAUGGAGCAGACAAGGCUAUGAACUUGAGGGAGAUAUGCUGUGAAUCCAAACAUGCAACGGCACCUCAAGUGAUUGUCACCAGCUAUGGUGUGGUACUAUCGGAGUUCCGCCAACUCGCUCUCCAGUCUGCGCUGGGACCCAGCGCAACUGGGGGUCUGUUCUCUGUCAACUUCUUCCGAAUAAUCCUUGACGAAGCCCAUGUCAUCAAGAACCGUCGCUCCAAAUCAGCACAAGCAUGCUGUGAGCUGAUGGCAGCCCAUCGAUGGGCUCUGACCGGUACACCGAUUGUCAAUCGACUCGAAGACCUAUUUAGUCUAGUGCGUUUCCUCAAAGUCGAACCAUGGAGUAAUUUUUCUUUCUGGAAGACUUUCAUCACCGUGCCAUUUGAAUCGAAAGAGUACGUGCGUGCCCUGAACGUGGUUCAAAGCGUGCUAGAGCCACUUGUGCUUCGACGAACCAAGUCGAUGAAGACCCCCGAAGGCGAGCCAUUGGUUCCCUUACCGCGGAAGACCAUUACCAUCGAGGAAGUAGAACUUCCAACCCAAGAACGAGAGAUUUAUGACUGUAUAUUCACACGUGCCAAACGAACCUACAACGAUAAUGUCGAGGCUGGCACACUUUUGAAAUCGUAUACCACUAUCUUUGCUCAAAUCCUUCGACUUCGUCAGACCUGCUGCCAUCCUGUGCUGACACGUAACAAAUCAAUUGUUGCAGAUGAAGAGGAUAGAGCAGUGGCCGCCGAUGCCACGAAUGAGCUGAAAGAUGACAUGGAUCUUCAAGAGCUGAUCGACCAGUUCAAUGCUGAAAAUGAGAAUGCCGAAUCCCAAGAAUGCUCAGGGGCAACAGUUAAAUUUACAACACAUGCUCUCCGUCAAAUCCAAACUGAGUCCAGCGGAGAAUGCCCUAUCUGCUGUGAAGAGCCUAUGAUCGACCCUGCGGUGACCGCAUGUUGGCAUAGUGCUUGCAAAAAAUGUCUCGAAGACUUCAUGCAACACCAGAUGAACAAGAACGUCCAGGCAAGAUGCUUCAACUGUCGUGCCCCAGUCGACGCAAAGAACAUCUUCGAGGUAGUUCGGCAUCCGUCCUCGCACUCGGUCCCUCUCGACGACGAUAUCGUGAGCAGCAUACCACCAACCAGCUCCCAGCCGGCCCCUCGCAUCUCUCUCCGUCGCAUCUAUCCUCUGUCUCCAUCCGCCCAUACCUCCGCCAAGAUCCACGCUCUCAUCAACCAUCUCUCCCGCAUUCCCCCUAACACAAAAUCCGUCGUCUUCUCCCAAUUUACCUCAUUCCUAGACCUCAUCGGCCCCCAGCUCUCCAAAGUUGGAAUCUCCCAUCUCCGACUCGACGGCACAAUGCCACAAAAGGCCCGUGCUGCAGUCUUAGCCGAAUUCACAAAAGAAGAAAGCUACACCGAUGACGAUAUCAUCGAUCCAGAAGAUGAUACUCCAGGGGGAGAGGGUCGUGCCAAAAUCCCAGCACCUUCAGUCCUCCUCAUCUCCCUCCGUGCCGGUGGUGUCGGCCUCAACCUUACAGCGGCUAGCCACGUCUUCGUCAUGGAUCCAUGGUGGAGUUUCGCAAUCGAAGCCCAAGCCAUCGAUCGCGUCCACCGAAUGGGUCAAACUCGGGAUGUCUCCGUCACACGGUUCAUAGUCAAAGACUCCAUUGAGGGCCGCAUGUUGCGCGUCCAGGAACGUAAGAUGAACAUUGCAGGGUCACUCGGGCUGAGGGUUGGUGGUGACGAUGGUGACGAAGAUAAGAAGAAGGAUAAGAUUGAGGAGUUGAAGAUGUUAUUCGAGUGA